AUGAGGAACGCUAAGAUCUUGGCUGCUGCCGCUUUGGCCUCCGUAGCCCAUGCACAAUCCCAAAUCUAUGGUCAAUGCGGUGGAGUCGGCUGGACAGGAGUCACUACCUGUGUAUCUGGAGCAUACUGUUCCAAGAUCAACGAUUACUACUCGCAGUGCCUUCCAGGAACUGCAGGGUCUUCCAAUGCUGGUACCACGGCAAAGUCUACUUCAACUACGCUCUCUACCGCUACCAAGACUACGGCCGGAGCGACGCAAGUCACGUCUGCGCCUGCGGUGACGAAUUCCGCAAACCCGCUCGCCGGCAAAACGUUCUAUGCGAACCCUUACUACUCGUCCGAGAUCGUAAACAUAGCAGCUCCAUCACUGUCUGCUGCUGGAUCGGCGGCUCUUGCUGCUAAGGCUACCGAUGUCGCUAAAGUUGGCACGUUCUACUGGCUAGAUGUUCGCGCUAAAGUACCUACUAUCGCUACUUUCGCGAAGGAUGUUCAAACGAAGAAUGCCGCCGGUGCAAACUUGGUCCUUCCUCUUGUCGUUUACGAUCUACCAGAGCGAGACUGCUCAGCUUUGGCUUCCAAUGGCGAACUCUCACUGGCCAACAAUGGAGCUGCUCUUUACCAGGGUUAUAUUGAUGAUAUUGCUGCUCAGAUCAAGGCUUUCCCGGGCGUCACGUUCGUCCUCGUCAUCGAACCAGACAGCUUGGCCAAUCUAGUUACUAACCUCAAUGUCCAGAAGUGCGCAAACGCAGCUGAUGCCUACAAGACACUGACUGAGUAUGCCAUAAAGACUCUGAAUCUGGCGAACGUUGUCAUGUAUCUCGACGCUGGACAUGCUGGCUGGCUGGGCUGGACCGCUAACAUCACCCCUGCUGCACAGCUUUUCGCGGCGAUUUACAAGGCCGCCGGUUCCCCGGCUGCUGUUCGAGGCCUGGCAACCAACGUGGCCAAUUACAACGCCUGGAGCAUUUCGACAUGUCCGUCGUACACUCAAGGAAACAGUGUGUGUGACGAGAAGAAAUACGUCAACGCCAUCGCUCCCAUACUCACGGCGAACGGCUUCCCGGCGCACUUCAUUACUGAUACUGGUCGAAACGGAGUGCAGCCUACUAAACAGCAAGCUUGGGGCGACUGGUGCAAUGUCAUUGGUACUGGCUUCGGUAUCCGCCCUAGCACAUCCACUGAUGACCCUCUUCUGGAUGCCUACGUGUGGGUGAAGCCAGGUGGAGAGUGUGACGGUACGUCGAAUUCGACCUCGGUCAGGUAUGAUGCGCACUGCGGAUACUCUGAUGCUCUCCAACCAGCUCCGGAGGCCGGUACAUGGUUCCAGGCGUACUUCGCACAGCUAUUGACCAACGCCAAUCCGGCCUUCUAA